AUCACUGUCCCCCGGGAUAGCGGCCCCCUGACUCCAUCUGCAUUGGAGAAAUCCCAAAAGCAAACGGCCCAGUGCAAACAAGCGCAGUGGGGAGCAGCGGUCCCGGGCUUAGCUCCCAGGUCCCGGGCCUGCAGCCCAGGCCGCGUCCCUAGCUCCCGGGACGGAGCCAGGCACCCAGACGCCGCAGCAUGAGCCGCCACGCCGCCGAUCGGGUAAUGUCCUUGUUCAUUUUUGCGGUUGGUAUCAAUAUCUGCUUAGGAUUCACGGCGAGUCGAAUUAAGAGGGCAGAAGGAUGGGACGAAGGACCCCCUACGGUGUUAUCUGACUCCCCUUGGACCAACACAUCUGGAUCUUGCAAGAACAGAUGCUUUGAACUUCAAGAGGUCGGACCGCCUGACUGCCGGUGUGACAACUUGUGUAAGAGCUAUAGCAGCUGCUGCCAUGACUUUGAUGAACUCUGUUUGAAGACAGCUCGUGGCUGGGAGUGUACCAAGGACAGAUGUGGAGAAGUACGGAACGAGGAAAAUGCCUGUCAUUGCUCAGAGGACUGCUUGGCUAGGGGAGACUGCUGUACCAAUUACCAAGUGGUCUGCAAAGGAGAGUCACAUUGGGUAGACGAUGACUGUGAAGAAAUAAAGUCCCCCGAAUGCCCUGCAGGGUUUGUCCGCCCUCCAUUAAUCAUCUUCUCUGUCGAUGGGUUCCGCGCAUCAUACAUGAAGAAAGGGAGCAAAGUCAUGCCCAACAUCGAGAAACUGCGGUCCUGUGGCACACAUGCUCCCUACAUGAGGCCUGUGUACCCCACGAAAACCUUCCCUAACUUGUACACUUUGGCAACUGGGCUGUAUCCAGAAUCGCAUGGGAUUGUUGGCAAUUCGAUGUAUGAUCCUGUAUUUGAUGCUACUUUCCAUCUUCGAGGGCGAGAGAAAUUUAACCAUAGAUGGUGGGGAGGACAACCGCUAUGGAUUACAGCCACCAAGCAAGGGGUGAGAGCUGGAACAUUCUUUUGGUCUGUGAGCAUCCCUCAUGAGCGGAGAAUCCUAACCAUUCUACAGUGGCUUUCACUGCCAGACAAUGAGAGGCCUUCAGUUUAUGCCUUCUAUUCUGAGCAGCCUGAUUUCUCUGGACACAAAUAUGGCCCCUUUGGCCCUGAGAUGACGAAUCCUCUGAGAGAGAUUGAUAAAACUGUGGGCCAAUUAAUGGACGGACUGAAGCAACUCAAGCUGCAUCGCUGUGUAAAUGUCAUCUUUGUUGGGGACCAUGGAAUGGAAGAUGUAACAUGUGACAGAACUGAGUUCCUGAGCAACUACCUGACUAAUGUGGAUGAUAUCACUUUAGUGCCUGGAACGCUAGGAAGAAUUCGAUCCAAAUUUAGCAAUAAUCCUAAAUAUGACCCUAAAGCCAUUAUUGCUAAUCUCACGUGUAAAAAGCCAGAUCAGCACUUUAAGCCUUAUAUGAAACAGCACCUUCCCAAACGUUUGCACUAUGCUAACAACAGGAGAAUCGAAGAUAUCCAUUUAUUGGUGGACCGCAGAUGGCAUGUUGCAAGGAAACCUUUGGAUGUUUAUAAGAAGCCAUCAGGAAAAUGUUUUUUCCAGGGGGACCAUGGCUUUGAUAACAAGGUCAACAGCAUGCAGACGGUUUUUGUAGGUUAUGGCCCAACAUUUAAGUACAGGACUAAAGUACCUCCAUUUGAAAACAUUGAACUUUACAAUGUUAUGUGCGAUCUCCUAGGAUUGAAACCAGCUCCUAAUAACGGCACUCAUGGAAGUUUGAAUCACCUAUUGCGUACAAAUACCUUUAGGCCAACCGUGCCAGAGGAAGUCACCAGACCCAGUUACCCAGGGAUUAUGUACCUCCAGUCUGAUUUUGAUCUGGGCUGCACAUGUGAUGAUAAGGUAGAACCAAAGAACAAAUUGGAUGAACUCAAUAAACGCCUUCAUACCAAAGAUUCUACAGAAGCUGAAACCAGGAAACUCAAAGGCAGCAAAAGUGAAAAGGAAUACGUUAAUGGAAAUUUUGAACCUAGAAAAGAGAGACAUCUCCUGUAUGGACGACCUGCUGUGCUUUAUCGGACUAGAUAUAAUAUCUUAUAUCACACUGACUUUGAAAGUGGUUACAGUGAAAUAUUCUUAAUGCCUCUCUGGACAUCGUAUACUGUUUCCAAACAGGCCGAGGUCUCCAGCAUCCCAGAGCAUUUGACCAACUGUGUUCGUCCUGAUGUUCGUGUGUCUCCAGGGUUCAGUCAGAACUGUCUGGCUUACAAAAAUGAUAAGCAGAUGUCCUAUGGAUUCCUUUUUCCUCCCUAUCUGAGCUCUUCCCCAGAAGCUAAAUAUGAUGCAUUCCUUGUAACCAACAUGGUUCCAAUGUAUCCUGCCUUCAAACGUAUCUGGAAUUAUUUCCAAAGGGUUCUGGUGAAGAAGUAUGCUUCAGAAAGAAAUGGAGUUAAUGUGAUCAGUGGACCAGUUUUUGACUAUAAUUAUGAUGGCUUACGUGACACAGAGGAUGAAAUCAAACAAUAUGUGGAAGGAAGCUCUAUUCCUGUCCCCACGCACUACUACAGCAUCAUCACCAGCUGCCUGGACUUCACCCAGCCUGCUGACAAAUGUGAUGGCCCCCUCUCUGUGUCUUCCUUCAUCCUCCCUCACCGACCCGACAAUGAUGAGAGCUGUAAUAGCUCAGAGGAUGAAUCGAAAUGGGUAGAAGAGCUCAUGAAGAUGCACACAGCUCGGGUCAGGGACAUCGAGCAUCUCACCGCUCUGGAUUUCUUCCGGAAGACCAGUCGUAGCUAUCCGGAAAUUCUGACACUCAAGACUUACCUGCAUACGUAUGAGAGCGAGAUUUAACUUUCUGAGCAUGUGCGGUGUAGUCUUAUCAACUGGUGUAUAUUUUUAUAUUGUGUUUGUAUUUAUUAAUUUGAAACCAGGACAUUAAAAAAGACACUUAGUAUUUUAAUCCUGUGCCAAAUCUGCCGUAUUAAGCCCGAAUGAUGCCGCUGUUUUUCCUCUAAUGCUUGAUUAAGACAGUAUUGUAUUCCGAGUAGAGCUUGUAAUAAAUACUGCAGCUUGAGUUCCUGGUGGCAGCUUCUAAACAAUGCUGCAGAUUGGAUAUCUGCACUGAGGAAAUAUUAAUUUUCCAGUGCACAGUCACCACAUUUAGUCCUGUACUAUAUCGAAAUACUGAUUUUGUAAAGUUACAUUCAUCUGCUGUUAACUAUGAAAGACGUAUUUAAGCCUUAUAGACCAAUCUUAAAUAUAAUAAAUCACACACUCAGUUUUUCUCUA